AUGAAUGUACACCGAUCCCCUACUGGAAGUGACACUAUUUCGGCACGAUGUGGUUCUUACCCAGAUCUAGCAAGCAAAAUCAUGUGUCAAGAUAAAACUGAGUCAUCACAGAUAACUUUCCGCAAUAAACGAAAAUUAGAAAAUGAAAACGACGAUUUAAAGAAUGAAUUUGCAGAAAUGAGAAAACAAAUGACAUCAAUGCAAAACCAAAUGAGUGAAAUGAUGACAUAUCUAACAACAACCACUAAUAUGCAAGUCGAAAAUUUCAAAAAAAUCAACGAGGAUGUCUCGACUAUAAAACAACAAAUAAGCGAUAUUAAAUUAACCACUGAAAUAUUAACUGAAGAACAAACAAAACUAAAAAUUGAAGUGGAAAAUCUAAAAAAAAUUAGCAAUAUUACGGAAAAGAAAAUAGAAUCAAUUCAAUCUAAUCUUCUACUUCAAGAUACUACUCCAUCAUGCUCGUCCUCAGUAUUGAAUGCGCAAGAAGAGAUAGUGGCCGAACUCAACGAACGUACUAUCAGGAGCAAAAAUAUAAUAAUUGCUGGUGUGCCAGAGUCAAAAUCUACCAACCUAAAUGCGAGAUACGAAGAAGAUAAAACUGCAGUUCUAAAAAUCAUCAAUACUGUAUUGCCUGGUGGCUUCACUGAGCCACAGAAAAUUUAUAGACUGGGAAAAUAUCAAUCAGACAUUGUUAUAACUUAUGAAUUUUUAUGUUCUCAUGAUAAGUGA